CAAUUCUCAUGCUGGCCGAAUCGUACUUGAUAUUAUGGGCAUCUCAAACUGGAAGUGCUGAAUGGAUUGCCAAAAACAUUCAUUCAGAAGCAGCUCAACGUGGUUAUAAAGGUACUUGUGUACUUAUGGAUGACUAUGAAAAGAGUACUAUUGAUACUGCUGGUGUUAUUAUCUUUGUCUCCUCCAAUACUGGUGAUGGUGAUCCUCCUGACAAUGCACUCAAAUUUUGGCGCUUCUUAAGAAGGAAUAAGGACAAGAACUAUUUUGCCGAUCGUCAAAUUACUUUGCUGGGACUAGGUGAUACUAAUUACAGCAAUUUUAACAAUACUGUUAAACGUAUUGAAAAGAAGUGUAAAGAACUAGGUGCUACUAUCUUUUAUGAAAAGGGUCUUGCUGAUGAUGCUGAAGGUUUGGAAAAUGUAGUAGAUCCUUGGAUUGAAAAAUUAUGGGAUGCUUUACCAAAGGUUUUGGAAUCUUCUGGCGCUCCUGCUGAAACAUCCAUUGAUAAAGUGACUGAAACUCUCAAGACGACAACCAUUUCUAAUUCUACCACCCCUGAUCAGCCAGUUGAUCCAUAUUCUAUGAAGGGUCGCAAAACAACCUUACCUAAUGGUGUGGAAAAGUAUUUGGAUUUACCCAAUUCUCUCGUUGAAAAAAAGACAAUCAAGCAAGUUAAGACUGGAAAGGCAUUGGAACUGGAUUAUUCUGGUCUAGUUCCUGGUAUCAAAUUGACAAAUUUACCCAAGGCAACUGCUCCUACUGCACAAUGGACUUCUUUGGCUCAAACUAUUUCUUCUCCGUUGGUUCCAGGUCAGGUACCUGAAUUUGUUGUCACGCCUACUCCUCUGGUAUAUGCUCCUAUAUCUUCUGUGAAAUGCUUGACGACAGAUGAUGCAGUGAAACGAACUUUAUUAAUGGAACUCCAAAUCGAUGACGAAGAACUUAACUUUGAACCUGGUGAUGCUUUUGGUGUGAUUGCUCCUAAUGAUGAAGAAUUGGUUCAUGCAUUGAUUGCUAGAUUGGCUCCCUCUAUAACUGAUGGGUAUGAAACUUUACAUGAUGUCAAUGGUGAAAAUUUACCUAGUCAUUUACAAAAAGCAAAAUCAGUGACAAUGGCGGAUAUUCUACGAUACGGUGUGGAUCUCACUAGUAGUCCUCGUAAAGCCUUAUUACGCAUGUUAGCCGAUCACACGACAGAUGUGGAUGAAAAAACACGAUUGAUGUAUAUUUGUAGCAAACAAGGACUCAGUCAAUUCAAUGCAGUGCGUGAUCAAACACCAACACUUUUGGACAUUUUGACGACAUUCCCUUCUUGUCAACCUCCUGUGUCUCGUUUAUUGGAUUUGUUACCACCUCAUCAACCUCGCUAUUACUCUAUGGCCAGUUCACCUUUGAAACAUCGAGGAAAGCUGCAAUUUGUGUUUAAUGUAGUGGAAUAUACAACAGAAAAAGGUGUACAACGUCAAGGUGUAGCGACUCCAUGGUUAGAUAUACUUUCCGGCAAAGUACCCUUCAAGAACCAAGUUACCGAUAAUAAUAAUAAUAAAGUUCUCGAUUCUGUCAAGAUCCCAAUCUUUACUCGUCCCAACAAUGCCUUUGUCUUACCCAAAGAUACAACUCGACCUCUCAUCCUUGUCGGCCCUGGUACUGGUAUUGCACCUCUGCGUGGUUUUGUUCAACAUCGACAAGCUCAACGAUUGAUUCGACAAAAGAUGGGUGGUGUUGGUUCACAUCCCAACCGAGAUAUUCUAAAGGAAUUUGGCUCUAUUCAUGUUUAUGAUGGUUGCAGGGAUCGCUCCAAGGACUAUCUGUUUGAAGAAGAAUGGGAUGCGUUUGUCAAGGAUGGAACAGCUACUUCAGUGAAAUUGGCCAUCAGCCGACCUCAAGAUAUCAGUAACAAAAUGUAUGUACAAGACUUGAUGAAGCAAGAUGGUGCGUUUCUCUAUGAUCUUAUUGUGAACAAGGAUGCAGCAAUCUAUGUCUGUGGUGAUGCAAAGGGAAUGGCAAAGGGUGUCAAUGAUUGCUUGGUGGAUAUCCUUGGUCAAUAUGAACAGAUGGAUGCUUUGGCUGCGAACAAGAAACUAAUGGAAUGGAUGACAACUGGAAAAUACCUUCGUGACUUGUGGGCCUAGAUGUGUGAUUUUUUUUUUUUAUAGAUUAGAUAGAGUAGAUAUUGUUUGUAUUCUUUUUUUUUUUU